AAAUUGAGCUGGACCUCUCGAGGCUGACUCGCACUCCAAACCUAGUUCUGCACUCGUGUGGGAAAAUGUCGGAUUUUGAGGAGUUUGAGAAACAACUAAGCGAAAAUCGGCAAGAGAGAGAAAGGGAACGGCACAAGAGAAGGAGCCGAAGCAGUUCACCCAGCCGCAGCGACAAGCACCGAAGCUGGAGCAAAGACCGGGGCAGUCGCAAUCGGGAUAAGCGCAGUCGCAGCAGGGACCGCAAGAGCCGCAGCAGGGACCGCAAGAGCCGCGACAGGAGGAGUAAUUCCAGGGAUCAUAAAAAGCGCAGUUAUUCUCCACGGAGAACAAGGAAGAAAAAGACCUACAAGUACUGGGAUAUGCCUCCUCCUGGCUUUGAACACAUCACUCCCAUGCAGUAUAAGGCCAUGCAAGCUGCCGGCCAGAUCCCCACAAUAGCGUUGCUGGCAACCUCCAGCACAAGCGGAGUGUCUGUCACACCCACACAAGUGCCCGUUGUGGGCAGUCAGAUGACCAGACAAGCCCGACGCCUCUAUGUUGGCAAUAUUCCUUUUGGUGUGACUGAGGAGUCCAUGGCAGAGUUUUUUAAUGCCCAGAUGCGUCUGGCCGGCCUCUCCCAAGCCCCUAGUAGCCCCGUGCUUGCCGUGCAAAUCAAUCAAGACAAGAAUUUUGCAUUUUUAGAAUUCCGCUCUGUAGACGAAACAACCCAGGCCAUGGCAUUCGAUGGAAUCCCCUUCCAGGGCCAGUGUCUAAAGAUCAGACGACCACAUGAUUACCGCCCCCUUCCAGGGAUUGCAGAGCAGCCAGCUUUUCAUGUUCCAGGCGUUGUAUCCACAGUGGUUCCAGAUUCACCACAUAAACUCUUCAUUGGAGGCCUACCCAACUAUCUUAAUGAUGAUCAGGUUAAGGAGCUCUUGACAUCAUUCGGUCCUCUCAAAGCUUUCAACCUUGUCAAAGACAGUGCCACAUCACUGUCCAAAGGUUACGCUUUCUGUGAAUAUGUCGAUAUCAGCGCCACCGAUCAGGCGGUGGCUGGUCUCAACGGUAUGCAGCUGGGCGACAAAAAGCUGAUUGUCCAGAGGGCAAGCGUGGGGGCCAAGAACUCUAAUCCGACGGCCAUUAUCGAGACACCGGUGAUGCUGCAGGUGCCGGGCUUACAGAAGCUGCAUAACUCAGGCCUACCCACGGAGGUGUUGUGUCUGCUCAAUAUGGUCAUGCCCGAGGAGCUGGUGGACGACGAGGACUACGACGAGAUCCUGGAGGACAUCCGGGAGGAGUGCUGCAAAUAUGGCAUCGUGCGCUCCAUCGAGAUCCCGCGCCCCGUUGAUGGAGUGGAGGUCCCGGGCUGUGGAAAGAUAUUUGUGGAAUACGCUUCUGCAGUGGAAUGUCAGAAGGCCAUGCAAGCAUUGACUGGGCGCAAGUUUGCUAACAGGAUGGUCGUCACCAAAUACUACGAUCCCGACAUGUAUCACAGACAUGAGUUCUAAAGAAAGCUGCUGUGAGCAGUGCACACCUGCCCUCCUCUGUGUGGCAUAUGACAUUUAUUACACCUUUCACAUGCAUCCAGUCCCUUGCACUCUAUCCGCAAGCUAACUCUGACACUGAAGACUGAAGGAAUAGAUCUUCCAAAGAUUUUUAUAGAAAUAGAUAAAUGUAUACCGGUAAUACUUUGAGGAUCCUAACCAUUUCAUUAAGCUAUUGCUUUAGACAUGUAGUCAAUUAAUGCUUUAUUAUGAUAAGAAAACUGUGCUUUGUGAAGUUUACAAGACAGGUUACACUUUUGGGAACUGAGUAGAUAUGAAUGUUUGUAUUUAUGUAAAACUCCAAUCACCUGGGUAUACAUAUCAUAGUUAGCAAUUAAUGAUAUUUGCUUUUAGUAGCCUAUCAUUUAGGUCAAACCUUACUGAAAAUGUUAGUUUUUAUGUGAGAUGAAUUUCCCUAAUAAUGCAGAAUUGUACUUACACUGCUCCAGAUGAAGAAGCACAUCCAUGACUAUGCUUUUCUGAAGCAAUAGUCAAAGUUUUGGUGUAUUUUUUCACGUCCCCUAGAAAUGCAAAGGUACAGAAAUAAAACAGUACAAUGUGCUUUUAAUAUUUAGCAAAACAUUUAUCUUCAAAAGGUACCAUAACUAUGUUUUUGUUUGUGUUGGUUUGUAUGGAAUGAUUGUCUAUGACUUGGUUUAUGAUUGUGUAUACUCAAGCUCGAUGAUGGUGUGUGUGUGUGUGCGUGCCAAAGUGUGCUCUUGAGUGUCUAUAUGGAAUUAUUUAUUUAUUAACCUUAGUAUUAAAGAUAUCUUAUUGAUUUCAGACAUUUACAAAAAGUAAAGUAAAAGUUUGCAUUACACCUGAAAUGAUGCUGCCAAAGUCUGCCUAUUCAAAUCACUUGGAAGUAGCACCUGUUUGUGACUGAUGUUACCAGCAUAAAGAUAUCAAUGAAAUGCUUAGUAGAAAAUGUACAAUGCUUUUAUGCUUUAUUCAUGAUACCUUAUGAAUGUGCAAAUGAAUGCUUUAGUUUUUUCUAAAUCAUUCUAUAUUUGCCACUUAUGGAAGCUCGUUUCAGCCACUAGAGGAGAAAAAGGGCCACAAACUAUCAAAAUGUUGAGAUAUUAAGUGAAAACUUUAGGUUACUUGUAAUCAAAAUAUUGAGUUGAUAAGUAAAACUUUUGAGAUACUAAGUCAAAAGUUGACAUUUUAAGAUGGGAAAUCAGAUUUAUUUAUUUUUUGAUUAUUUUUUUUGAUGGUUUGAGAGGAGUCAAAACAUUUUCUCUCAUUUUUUUGACUUGGUAUCUCAAAAUUCAGACUUAGGCCUAUUUGAAAAUCUGAUUUCCCCCCCGAAGUGGCGGAAACAGACUUCCACACUGCCUUGUCUUCAAUAAAAAAUAAAAUAUGAA